ACAGAUAUUACAAAAAUGCAGGAAAUGAAUUACCUGCAAGAUAAUUCCAAAGUGGAGGCACUUACCAAAGCUGUUCUCAUCUCCAUAUUAGGUGUAGCUAUUGUACUCUCGAAUCUUUUAAUAAUCGCCACAUAUGCCAAUUUCAAAGGUCCCACAGAAGUUAUCAACUAUUAUUUGUUAUCAUUAGCGGUAGCCGAUUUACUUUGUGGACUUUUGGUGGUACCCUUUUCAGUGUAUCCGGCAUUAACAGGAGAAUGGUUGCACGAGGAAUUGUUGUGCCGUUUUACCGGUUAUUUAGAGGUAACUCUGUGGGCGGUAUCAGUUUAUACGUUUAUGUGGAUAUCGGUUGAUCGUUAUCUGGCGGUACGUAAGCCUUUACGCUACGAAACGGUACAAACGAAAACAAGAUGUCAAUGUUGGAUGGCAUUUACAUGGAUCUCAGCAGCCCUACUCUGCAGUCCACCUAUACUCGGUUAUACGGCACCGAUUAAAAAUCAUGUGGCACACAUUUGUAUGCUCGAUUGGGGUAAUAUGGCGGCGUAUAGUAUAACGUUAGCAAUAUUAGUUUUAGGUCCUAGUGUUAUAUCUAUUGUUCAUAAUUAUACAUACAUUUUCAUUAUGAUGCGUAAAAUUAAAUCGGGUGAACCGAUUCAUGAUAAAGAGUAUGCUACUGCAUUAGCUGAAAAUUUAUCGAAUCCAAGUCAUAUGAUGUCAUUCGCAUUAGUGUUUGCAUUCUGGAUGUCAUGGUUACCAUGGAUUUCGUUACGUCUGUACGAACUGGUAACCGGUGAUGUUAUACAAAGUACUCUCAUUAAUUUUGGCGUAGUUUGGAUUGGUGUUUUAAACUCAUUUUGGAAAAUAAUCAUAAUGACGACAAUGUCACCACAAUUUCGUAUCGCACUCAGAGUAUUUUGCUUAACAAUAUGCUGUAAGACUAAGGGCCGUUUGCAAGCCGAACUAAUCGGGUUAGACCCAGAUGACUAGAGUCGUUAGAUUUUCUUAUUGGCUUGAAUUGUAAUUGAAAAAGACAUUGAUAUUGAUUUAAUUCUCAACAUUGUUGUUCUUCAUCUUCAAAAACACAUACAAGAGAAUAAAAGCUAAAAGAGAAAAAAUAAAUCACUCAAAACCCUAAAAUUUUGGAGAAAAAAAAGAAAGAAAUUUUAGGCAUUAAAAUGAUUUGAAAACACUUUAAACAUCUCCCCUAACACACACUAUAACACUGUCCCAUAAACACUCACACACACCCACACACAUUUAAAACUAUUCCAUAAAUUUUAUAAAAUAUUUUAUUAAUAAAAUAUUAUUAUUAUAUAUUAUAAACUAAAGCUAAUUGGUUGUAAUUUAAAAAAAUCUAAUUAUUAAGUAGUUUUUAAGCCAGAAAAAAACCAUUAAACGCCAUUUUGUCUUUAAAGUCUUAAGGCGUGUUCUGUAAUUAAGUCUUAGUUCUUAAGCCUUCAAUUAUGUAAAAUUUCAUUCCAAUUUAAGUAAAAUAGACAAAACGUAUUUUUGAUAAGUAGUUUUAAAACAAAUUUUAAGAGCUUAAAUUGUGGUUAAAAACUUUGUUUAGAAUUCCAAAAAAAAAGUAAAAAAACUAUUGUUGAUUUUCAAAUAGAAAUUGUUAAAACAAAAAGAAAUUAAUAU